AUGUACAAGCAGGAAGUACCUCUCUAUGGCGACCUAAUUGACAUCGUCGACCAUGUUGAUAAUAAUGUCUUUCGUGCUCGAUCAAUACGAUCGCAGGGCACGGGUCCCUCAACUAAAGACACCUCACAUAAAUUACCACCGAGACAUCGGGUGGAGAGGCAUGGAGCCAUUCGACUUGGUACCCCAUAUGAACUCCAGACUAUCAGACGUCUCUUUGCGGUUUUUGGAAUGUACCCAGUCGGCUACUACGACCUCAGCGUAGUCGGGUUCCCCUUGCACGCGACGGCUUUCCGACCAGUGCAGACGGAAGCCCUAGAGAAACACCCAUUUCGAGUGUUCACGACUCUUCUGCGACACGAUCUCCUGUCCAGUGAGAUCAGGAUCUUUGUGCAGAAGAUCCUCUCAAAACGCAAUCUCUUCAGCGACCGCUUGCUUGAACUCGUCGGAAAGUUGGAGAAGCAUCAUUCACUGAGCUCCGCUGAAACCGAUGAGCUACUCGCAGAGGCGUUGAAGAUCUUCAAGUGGCAUUCCGCAGCGACGGUUACUUUCGACGAGUACCAGUGGUUGAAUGCGGAGCAUGCCAUGGUCGCGGAUAUCGCCUCGUUCCCAAGCGCGCAUAUCAAUCAUCUCACUCCGAGGACGCUGGAUAUCGACCUGGUCCAGAAGACGAUGGUCGAAAGGGGCAUCCCUGCGAAGGAACGGGUGGAAGGUCCACCACGACAGAAAUGCGGGAUUCUUCUCCGACAAACAAGCUUCAAGGCCCUCAGAGAGCCUGUUCGUUUCCACAGCGAUGAAGGCGGCUGGGUGGACCGCACUCAUACGGCACGAUUCGGUGAAAUCGAGCAGCGAGGUGCCGCAGUGACGCGUAAGGGUCGGGCGCUGUACGAUCGGCUUCUGUCUGAGGCAUAUCUAAGAGCACACGACAGUUCUGCGCCGUUCGAUGAAGUCUUGGAGUCCACUUUCCACGAAUAUCCAGAUGAUUGGACCGAGCUCCGAUGCCGUGGUCUGAUUUUCGUCCGAUACAAACCCACGACGAAUGGGCUGGAGGCAUUCAAGCAUGGUGAAGGUAAAAAGGGACAGCAAGACCUGUCAAAACUCCUCGAACAGGGCUUCGUAGACUAUGACCCAAUCACUUACGAGGAUUUCCUUCCAGUCUCCGCGGCGGGGAUUUUCACAUCGAACUUGAAGAGGGAUUCGAGAGAAUCGUUCAUGACGGAAGGGAAACCAGAUCGGGUCGGAUUUGAACAGAGCUUGGGGGUUACCACAGCCGACGAAUUCGAACUGUACGAAAAAACGCAAAAUGAUAGCCUCGAAGAGUGCCGGAGAGCGCUGGGAAUCGAUGGCAUUACCCCGGAUUAUUGCUGAUUGCCGUAUUGCUACACGGAUGAUAUGCAUCUAGUUAUGUCUGAAGCAGAGGAUGUUGGCUUCCUCGCCGGAUAUGCCGUGGAAACCAGGUAUAAUGAGUGUCUGAGGCGUCAUUUCACCGUGUUUCCCAGUGUACUUCUUGUGAUUCGGUUUGUCUUGAGACGACAGACACAAGACAAGUUUGAAGCCACUCAAUCUAGACCAGAUCCGUGGGUUGCGUUACAUUCAGUCUCCGUUUCAUGCUCAAUACAGUCUUGGUCUAUCUAGGUAGAGUCCAUGUCCU